AUGCUCAAACUCUCAAUCAUCACGCUUUUCGCAGCAACAAUGUCCGUAGCAUCAUUCACCCCACCAUGGACAAUCCUCCCACCAACCCCCGAACUUCCACCCUCGUACCAUGCAGCCUACGCGCAGCUCAACAACAUCUCCCUCUGGUAUUCGCUCUUCGGCCCCUGUCUCGGCCAAGCCGGCACCCCUGUAGUUCUGCUACACGGCGGCAAGAUCUCCUCGCGCUGGUGGGGCCACCUGAUCAAAUCGCUCGAGUCGUCGUUCAGCAUCGUCGCAAUCGACACACGCGCACACGGCCGAUCAACCGAUGACUUGUCCGUCCCAUUGUCUUAUAACCAAUUCGCAGCCGACGCAGUCGCCCUCCUUGACCACCUGAAAAUCCCCAAAGCCAACUUCAUCGGCUGGAGCGAUGGCGCGGUGACAUCGCUCGCGAUAGCGAUGCAGUACUCCUCCCGUGCGGACAGAAUCGUCGCCUUCGGGGCGAAUUACCGUCCGGACCAGGCAAACACCACGGGGCUGGGUGGCGUCUCCUUCGGAGAAGACCUGUACAAUCGGGAGAAGGAGCAGUAUCUAGCUCUGAAUCCAGAUCCGAAUCCCGACUUUGAACGCUUCUACGACCGCGUCGUGCAGAUGCAGUCUGCGUCGCCAAUGUGGGACGAGGAGGAUUUUGGCAAGAUUCCGGUCUUUGGGGAGAGUGAAGAUGCGCCGUUUGUACUCGUUGCUGCGGGGGACUAUGAGGAGGCGAUUAUUCGGACUGUCCCUGGAGAGAUCCACGCCAUGACCGCUGCAAGACCCGGCGACGUUUGCAGCAUCAGUCAAGGCCUUUUUAAGGAAAGCAAAAACGGCACAGGAAAUAGUUUCGUUUGGCAUCGACUGAAUAACUAG